AUGGACCCGGAGCACGUUGAGCCCGUGCAAAGUGAUACAGAGGAUGAAACUUCACGGCCACAGACUCUCAUACCAGAUCCGUUGGAUGAGGUUCUGAAGCGCCUCAAGCUCUAUUUCCCUCGAGUAACUGAGCUCAUGAUCUCAAACAUCGAGGAUUACCGCAUGGACUAUCGCUUUGUGGGCCUGAGAAGCAGCCACCUUGCUGCGUUCGGCUUUGUUCAGCUGCAGCACAACUCCAACCCGGCGACUUACGAGCUGAAAGCUUCCCGGGAUGAUCCGCCAAGACUGGUGGACCUGAAGGCCAUCAGGGGGGUGAACAGCUCUCGCAUCCCGUGGGCUGUUCGGGUUGAUGAAAACACGUCGAUCUCUGAGCGAGAGGCCCUGUUCCUGCACGAACAUUUGAGUGCCUACAAGAAUGGCAACGACUUCUUCCUGUCCCAUGCGAUCUAUCGAUCGGUGCCGUCGCACACGGUUCGCAAACGAUACAAGGCCAUGGUGGCUUCUUUGAGCAAACGCUUUCCACAGCAGUUCCAAAGACAUUCAGUCUGA